AUGUCCCUCCUACCUACCGUUCGUCGCAUUGUGACGGGCCACAAUGCCCAGGGAGAAGCUAUCUUCGAUUCCGAUGCCCAACUCGCUCCCUACAACCCCGCUACUCCUGGUCCCGACCCCGCCAAAGAGGGAGAUAUGGGUUUCACCACCGUGUAUCGCACAACCAGUGCUCCUGCCGACUGCACGAAUCCAUGGGUUGAUAUUCAUAACAAAACUGUCGACUUGGCGGAUAAGACCGGUACAACGUUGCGAGUUGUCGACUUCGCGCCCGGAGUUCCUGGCCUGAUGCAUCGAACUGUUAGUUUGGACUUUGCUAUCAUUUUAAACGGCGAGAUUGAACUGGAACUUGAUAAUGGCGUUACCAAGAUGGUGAAGCAGCAUGAUAUUGUGGUGCAGAGAGGUACUAUCCAUUCGUGGAACAACAAGUCCAAUGAAAAUGUGCGGGUCCUGUUUGCUCUCCUCCCAUCAGAGCCGGUUAAGGUGGGCGACAAGGAGCUGGAGAGUACUCCUUUACCUAAAUUCUUACUUGGCGGAGGUGCAGACUCCUGA